AUGCUUGUUUUCAGAAGAGCUUUCCUGGUCUCUUAUGCUCAACUUCAGCUGAGUAUCUCGCCAGGCAACCAGUUCUUAUCCUUUGUGUCAAAUAUAAAGGCAUCUCUUGUAAAUAAAAAUAAAGAAAAGGAUAUAGACUUGCCAGCAAACGUCCUAAAGGAUAUCAACGAAAACGAACCCACGAAGCUGAAGCAUACAUCAUCAGAAUCAAGACAGUAUAAACGUUCCACACAUCCCACGUCCGUACCACUCAAUAAGUUAUUUUCAAAUAGCUUCCCCUAUAGCAUUACCGAGUCAUUACAAGACUAUUCUUAUAGGGCUAACCCUCUUGCUUUUCAGCACGAAUUACUUUCGUUGCUACCAUUUUAUCCAGAGCCUGACUCGAUGGGACGAACCAGUAAAGUCUAUAAAGUGUACCUUGAUGGUGAAGUGAAGGGUCAACCAAGAAACUUUAUCAAUGAAUUUGUGAUAUAUCCUCCAGGGAAAUCAGAAAACGAUGAUCCAAACACGAUGAAUCAUCUUAUUAUGAUCCAUGGCUAUGGCGGUGGAUUGGGAUUUUGGUUCAAGAAUUUCGAUGAGAUCUCCAAGUCUAAUAAGUCUCAAAAUUGGUGCAUCCAUGCUAUUGACUUGUUGGGAUAUGGAUGCUCUUCCAGACCACCAUUCACCUUAAAGAACGAAACUCUUGAUGAAGUAGAAGACUGGUUCCAUUUGUCGUACCAGCAGUGGUUGCAAAAGAGAGGUUUGGAUAAAGUUUCGAAGGACAAGAUUUUAAUAAUGGCACAUUCAAUGGGCGCAUACUUGAUGGCUACAUAUGGAAUUAGGAAAGAUCCUAAUUUUUGUAAGAAGAUAAUGAUGGUCUCACCAGGAGCUGUCAUUAAGCAUAGGGAAGAAGUAAACGUUCCCGCCUAUUUUGCGAAUCUUUGGGAAAGAAACAUCUCUCCAUUUGUAUUGGUCAGGAAAGCUGGUCCACUUGGUUCAAAAUUGGUCAGUUUAUGGUCAUCUAGAAGAUUUGCAAACUUGCCAGAGGAAGAAUCCAUGGCGUUGCAUAAAUAUGCCUAUGGUAUAUUCCAAUCACCGGGGUCUGGGGAGUACAUGUUGAACUACUUACUCGCACCUGGGGCUGAUGCUAGACACCCUUUGUUGGAAAGAGGAAUGGAUAAGCUUAGAUGUGAUUUCCUUUGGUGCUAUGGUAAGGAAGAUUGGAUGGAUGUCCAUGGUGGUGAACUAUGCAGCAAGAUUAUCAAGGAUAAGGGAUUUAAAAGUGAAGUAAUGGAAAUUGCAGAUUCAGGCCAUCAUAUCUACUUAGAUAACAUUCCAGUAUUCAACAAGUUAAUGGUGGAAGAAAUGGAUAAAUUCCAGGGUAUAUAG